AUGGAUCCUGUCUCAGCACAGAAACAGAUUGUGGUCAAACCUGGUCUCCGUGGCACGCGUGCUGCCCGGGCGGCACAAAGUGUCCAAGUGGCCAGGACAAUGUCAAAUGUUAAAGAGAAUGGGUUUGUCGGCUGCGCCGAUGACAUUUCGGACUUGAACCAGAGUAUGACUCUACUCGCUAUCGCAUAUUCAGCUACCGUUAAACCGACUUCCACACCUACACCAUCAUCAACAAUAUCCACGACAGCGCCUACCAUAACGAGCCAGUCCGCUACCAAUACUGGAAGAGCCGAUACUGGCGAUUCAUCCUCGUCGUCGAAUUCUGGGGCGAUUGCAGGUGGAGUUGUUGGUGGAGUCGCAGGGCUAGCCAUAUUGAUUGGGCUGAUCUGGUUCUUCUUACGCCGCCGAUCUCAGUCAAACAAGAGCGCGACAGGUCCCACGGACCCUAGUCCCCUGAUGUCGAGCGUACCUGCAUUGAAUUCCCCUGCGUCAAAUGCGGCGGGGUCAACUCAACCUGGAUCAAGCGUCUCUGGGUCAAGAUCCCCAGAUGCGAAUAAUUCCGGAUAUUAUAAUACGGCUCCCGAGACUCCCAGGUCACCGGUCGAGCUUGAGAGCCAAGCGGACAGUGGUUUGCAUGAGUUGCCAUCGCUACAGGCACAUCGAUGA